AUGCAAGAAGGUCAAACUGGUUGCAAGGUGUGUCCGCCAGGACCUGUUGGACCUCCAGGACAGCCCGGCCAACCAGGUCCUCCUGGUGGAAACGGUUUGCCUGGUAAUCCUGGUCUUGAUGGGCCACCUGGCGAGAGAGGACCUCCAGGAAAUGCCGGUAACCCUGGAAGUCCCGGUCCACCUGGAAUUCCCGGAAAACCUGGUGAGCCAGGAAGAGAUGGCGAAGAAGGUGGAGUUGGGCCCGCAGGCCCACCGGGACAGCCCGGAAUGCCUGGCAACAGAGGGAUCAAUGGAGAACCUGGCAGACCAGGACCAAUUGGUCCUCCUGGCCAAGCUGGUGAGAACGGUCCACCUGGCGAGAAUGGAGCUGGUGGUCCUCCUGGAGCUCCCGGUGUGCCUGGACAGCCUGGAACGCCUGGAUCCGAUUCGCUGUAUUGCCCUUGUCCGAGAAGAUCCACAUGGAGUGUAAAAACUGGUCGGAAGAAAGCUGUGGCAAAACAUUAAAG